UAGUGUAUAAAAAGUUUGUAAAAAAAAUUGAAAUUCAAUUUAUAAAAAUUACUUGUGAAAAGUUUUGUUUUUCAAAGGUGUUCGCUAUACAUCUCUCUGUACACGAUAAAAAGUAGAAAAUUUUAAUAGAUGUUUUUAUCUGCUAACAACGCCGCUGUUGCCACAGUUGCUGCUGACAGUGUUUCAACGAUAAAUUUUGGCUGCGAAAUCUACACCUGCAACAACAGCAAUUCAAACAAUUGUAACCUUAGUGAUCCUCAAAAACAACGUCAUUCCUUGGCUGCAUCUCUAUUGACGUCACCAUCAGCCACAACUAACAACGAUCGUUUAUUAUUUAGUGAGCUUUCUAGAAAUAACUUAAUCUACACAUCUCCUAUCGCUACUAGCACUCGUUCGACUACACUUUGCAGUUGCGUUUACUAUUACAAUUCCACCUUUGGUGGCACAAAAAUGCUUAAAUACCCUCGCACUUCUUCCAGUAAUUCAUCCGGUUUCUUUGAAGAUGACGAUCUUAUGGAAAUUUAUCAAACACCACCGCAAUCCCCCAUAUCUUCGCCUAACUUAUUAUUAUCAUCACCGUCGCCACCAGUUGCAAGCUACGGUACAUCGAAUGUCGCUCAUUGUUUACAGCGACAUAUAGUACGCAUGUUCAGUGCUAAUGAGUAAGUGUUAUUGCUUUAAUAAUCUUAGUAACGUCAGUUGAACGGUAAGUUUUCGACAAAAAAUACUCCGAGCGAAAGUAACUUGCAAUAAAAUAGAUCAAUAUCAAUAGAAUAUUGAUCAGCAGAAAUGGUUCCUUCUUCCCUACUUAAUUUAUUCAAUUUAAGCUAAAGCAAUUAAGUUUAGCAUUCGGCUGCUUAUCAGCAUAAUCUGAAUACAUAACAACGCAUCACAUUCGUAUUUCCCUCAGUAGCGUAUGUAAAUAAUCAUACAGCUAAGCAAUUAGUGGCGAACUUUUUUUAUUCCGUUUGCCUCAACCUCAAUUCAAGUGAGAAAAUCAAAAUAAACAAAGCAAAAAUAAAUAAAUAAGAGUGAAAAAAAUAGAAACUGUUUAAAUAACAAUGCAAAUAAGCAAAUAAUUAUAUACAGAGAUAUCAAGCGACGUCGAGCUACAAUAUAAACUGCAGGAAAAUGCAUUAAGAAAUGAUAUGUGGUAUCUAGUAUAUGUGAAAAGUUUAAGAAAAAAAAAACCCAAACAUCACAUGCCAUCCCAAUAAGUUUUACAAGUGCUUAUGAUGAGCUGUUAAUGCCGCUAGUAUUAGAGUAUUGAGGGUGAACGAUGAUGUUUGCAAUCAAGCAUUUAUAUAUAUCCAUCUGUAUUUUUUUUACAUAUACCGCCAGUCAUAUGUUUAAACUUGAGCUCUCCCUCUUAUCGUUCAAUAAAGCCAGCUGUUUAACAAGUCGAGCGCCAUUACCAUUUACUGAGUCGCUGCUGCUCCGUGAUGUAUAAUACUGAUGACGAAAACAUGUGUUUUGCGCGCCUUUUUUGUCAUAAUGAGAAGGCAAAAAAAGGAAACAUUGUGUAACAGAGCACAUUGGCCGUUUAUGGUUGCAUACAACUCUGUAAUAGCUAUUUUCAGCUAUCUUCAAUGUACCAUACGGGAGAAAGAGAGAGAAGUGCAUAAAACUAGAAGCUGCACACUCUCACUGGUAUUCAAUUAUUAUUGUGUACAUACGAAAAAUGUUAAAUAACAUUUUGAAAAAAAUUUCUCUCUUUUCUCUCAUCUAAUAAGUUUCUGCUUAUUUGUGUAUGUACAUCUUUCUUGAUAUACUUGCAUUGCGCAUGACUUUGAUUAAGCUGAUAAAAAAGCAUGCUGUGUAUACUAAAAAUUCUUUUGUUGGCUUAUGCUUGUUUUACAUACCCGUACAGCAUUUAAAUGUGAACAAAUAUGGGAUUUUUUAUGGUUUCACAUAAACUCUCAAUAUAUAUUAAUUUUUAUACAAAUACAAGCAGCAUUUAUCCGUGCAGAAAACUUGUAUUCAGCUGAGUUGUGCUGAAUAAAGCUUUUAGCAAUCAACCAACCAAAACAGCAACGCCAUGUUACUUUUUUGUUUUAACCAUGAGCGCAAUAUUUACAAAAAAAAUGGCUUAGGCACGUUUCAUUUUGAUAAGCUAUAAAAUUCAAUAAUUCUCAAUACGAGUUUAUGCUACACACGUCCAUCGUAUUUAUGUACAUUGUGUGUUAGUUAUAAUAUAGUGUUCGUUCUCUUUGUUAUUUUUUUUAUGUUGCUUAUUUCGUCAUGGUCUGAUUUCGAUUUCUCGUUUAGUUUUUACUUAAUGAUUGUUGUACAUUUUGUGGGCCAUUUGCCUUCAUACUAAUUCAAUUUUACUUUUGCGAUUAUAUAGUGGCUUUUCUCAUUUAUACAUUGUUGUAGUCUUUUCAAUGCUUUUUCUCAAGAGUCGCAGGUCGAUGGUUUUCUUUAACAAUUCUUAUUUUUCCUUUUUUUUUUGCUAAGCCUUUAAUUUGCUAUCUUCUUCAACCUAACACCGGUUUAACAAUAAAUAAAACUGUCGAGUGCUUUUUUCUUAAUGGAGGCCAAUUUUUUUUAUGCAUUGUCCUUUCCAAAAUAGUGUAAAAGUUAUACUUAUAUCGAAUUUUUGUAAAAUCCAGAAUCUGUAGAUUUUGUUGAUCAUAGGCACUUGUUGCAUAAUUGUAGAGCGGCCCAAUGGGCUACUUUAAAGCGCUAACAUAUCCUUUUUUGUUUUUUUUUUCUCGUGGAAUAAAAUAAGCUGUAAGACUUGAAGAAGAGAAGAAAAGGUCGUAUUUUCCAAGUCCUUUCU